AAUAAGACGGAUCGCUUCCACUUGCCUCAGCAUGAUGUCGUUCAGUCGGCGAUGUAAGAGUCAGAGUCGGUGCCUUCCUAAACAGGCAUCCUUCCUUAUUGUCCCUUGGCCACCAACUUCUCGUUUCCGUUGGUGGUCUGUUGAUCUGCAUAUGAACACAACUUCAACAAACAAGUCAUGCUCUUCACCUCUUCACCUCUUCCUCCUCAUUUACCUCCUCAUCCCUCUUUUUCCGACUUCACUUCCUUCAUCCAUGAGCAUCUCAUUUUCUGAGCUUCCAUUGCCCUCAGAAGCAUGAAUCAAGACUCAGAAGAACUGAUCCUGCGCCUGUCCUAAAUGAACGUGCAGGAAGAGAUUGAAAUUAGCAAGACCGAGCGCAGCACAACAAACAAUGAACCCUCUGACCAAGAACUGGCUUUACAGGACUGGGCGUUCCAAAUCCAACAGUGCGCUACAAUCACUCAUGACAAACAGGUGGCCCAUGUUACUCAGGAAGAAAGCAGGACGCUUGCCAACCGGACGCUGGCUCUUCGCUAUGGUACCCAAGAGGAACAGGCCCAAAGCGAGUCAGCACAACGCCUCGCUGCGCAACAGAUCCGGGAUGCCACCAGAAUCCUUGAACAGAUCGACAGUGCUGACCUCUCUGCCUUGCUACCCGCGCGCACCACAUUGGCUCUUGAGUACGGUACUGUGCCUUCAAGGACCGCUGGCAAUGGCAAGUCUGAUACUAUCACACCUGCACCCGCCGUCUGGUCAGAGAGGCGCUUGCAGAUGAAUCGCUUCUUCCGCUCCGUUGUUGCCGCGUGA